CUGCUUUCCUCUAUAGAUGCAAAUUUAGAAAUAAUUGCUAUAUUUUAAAUAGAAAUUCAGCACAGCUCAUCAUAGAACGAAAGUCUGUGACCAGGAGACAUGUGUGACUGUCGGGCUGUUCUGAUGCUAAUUGUUGCUGCAGUAUUUCAAGGUCUCUGUUCUCCCUUCUUAAGGUUAUCUUUAAACCAGACUUGGGGUAGAGGGCCAUUCAUAUAGGACUGUCAUCACUGCAUUAGCUCUACAAGUAUCGGUGGAGCAUAGUGUUUGCUUGGGAGAAGCAUAGUGUUUGCAUGGGACACUCCUCUAUCCUUUGGAGGCAGGUGCUGACUGUCACAGGGCCAUUAACCAUAGAGCAAAGUGUUGGCAGUUACUUAUCUUGAUGCAGAGCAGGAAAAUAAAAGCAAAUAAUUUCCGUAACACAGGUCCACCUGAAGCGGGAGCAAGGUACAGUAACUGACGAACAAAUCUCACAGUUUGCUACAAGGUAAGAAAAAUAUUUCCAGAAUUACAUUUAAUUUUUUUUAGUUAUUGGAAUGUGUUUGUUUAAUGAUGAAUUGGUAGUGAGGUGAAAGGAGAGAAGUUUUUCCUCUGCUUCCAUUCAGGAUAUAUAGGAUUAGUUUAUCGUCGUGUAGAAACUUUCAAGUCACAUUUGCAAAUAUACUUAUGAUAAUAAAUUUCAGGGGCUUCCAUGCAAAAUGUAAGUUUACAAAUAUAAAUGUGUGUGUGUUUGAAAGAAGAAUGAAAGUGACUUGCUCCUUUCUGCAGAGAUCCUUCCUAGCCACACAAGCCUGAAUACUUGUCAUUGUUUCUUUCAUUUGUAAUGGACAUAAAAUGGCUGCUUCUUUGCCACUCCCUUUUGACACUAGCAAAUGAUAUUUAUCCCUUGGCACACAGAGUUAGCUCUGCCAUGGAACAUCUCAGACUUUUUCCCACCAAGUUCCUGGUCUUCUGAGUCUGGGAUGUCAUUGACCAUCUCUCAACUUGAAGGGUUUGUCCUGCUUUUCAAGCUCUUUAGUUAAAUAUGGAUCUCCCAUAUAGUCAUUCAUUUCACUGCAUAUGCAUAACUAGCCAAUUCUAGACCCUUUCUACAAAAACCUGUUUUUCACUUCAGAGGAUGCAGUUUCCCAUUAUGGGAAUAUUUCUUAUACCUCAAUAUGUUGUGCUAUGAAAAGCUCUGUAUCAACAUUCACAUGAGGAAAGUGGAUUAGUGAGUGGUGUAGGACAGAAAGAGCAGUAACUGUGUGACAUGCACACAUGGUGCUGCACAACACAAUUUACCUGUGACUUUUAAGAUUUAAUAUUGUGGUUUAACAAUAUUGGAGCAGUGUAUUCGAUUAUCUGAAAUGCUGAGAUGAUGUGUGUGUGUGGGGGGGGGAAACAUAAUCCGUCCACUUGCAAUAGAGACAGAGUAGAUGGUUUUUGAAUUCAUCUUUUUUACUACAGUAUAUAUGCAAUACAUUUCUUUUAUCAGAGCUAUACUGAAACAGGGUAAGAAUAUAAAAUGUAUUAUAUAAAAACAAAAGUAAAAUCCCAUACAUGCCUUCAUUUUCAGAUAAGUGUGCUUAUAGAAUACAGCUUUAGUUGACACAUGCAUUCUGCUGGUGUGGUGAAAUGCACAGCUAUAAUUCCCUUUGUUUUAUUUAAUAUAAUAAUAAAUUACAAAUAUACCUAUUUGUGGAGAAGGAGUAGAAGAAAAGACAAAGGGGACACUGGAGUGAAUGUAUACUAUUUAAGUAGCAAUCUCCUUUUCAAGUUGCUUCCAACUCUAGAGGAAAGUGAAGAAAGACUUGCCAGUAUCAUUGUCACUUUAUUUGUGUACCAUUUCCCCAUAUACUUUGUUCUCAAAGCAAUACACAUCAAAUGCAUGACCAAAAAAAUCACUAUCCAUAUUAACCCAUAAAAGCAAGUGAGCGCAGGCCAGAGAAUCCAUAUCAUUGAUUUCUGACAAAACUCUCCAAUUGACCUGACAGAAUCAUUGAGGCACCCCUGCCCCAGUGUCCCUAGGGCUACCGUUUUCCUUGAGGAAAAUCAGAAACUGGGAUGCCCAGGCUAGGAAGCAUGGCAAAUCAGCUCCUGAUAGGUGGCCUGAGAAAACUACUGGGACAGCCCCUCAUUCCCCUUCUCUGGGGCUAUUUAAGUCCCAUCUGCCCUGAGGGAUGGCAAGGAAGCCGGGGCCAGGAGCAAAUGCCAUCAGUUGUCAGUCAACCUGAGAGGUCUCUGUCACUACAUUUUUGAUUUACUAUUUUAAAAUUGUAAACAACCUAAAGUGCAUUGACUGAAAAGUGGUGUGAAAUAAAUGCAAUAAAUAUAUAAAUAUAAUAAGUUCAAAACAAGAUAAUCAGAAUAACAAAAACGCAUAAUAGAAAAAUAAACUUCAAAAAUAGCUUGGUUACCGGGAAGAACAAAACAAAACACUGUUUUGAAUAUGACUCUCUGACCCACUUGCAAAAGAAGAUACAGAUUUGCAUAAUAUAUACCAUUCUUGGUAUAUAUAGCAUAAAUAAAGUUUUAACAAAGCCAAAGUACAUUACAUGAAAAUUAAUGUACAAAUAUGCCUAUAUUUAUUUAAAUAAAGUAGACAGAACUGUUGACAGUAAUUAAUAAAUGGUGGCCAGUGGAUCUUGCAAUUUUGUAUUUUAUUUCUUUCUUCCAACAAUUGUACAGGUAUAGUCCUAUUCUUCAGAUCUUUGAUCCAUGUCUUCCUCAUCAACGACUGUUUGCAUCUUGAUCUUUCUGCAAAUCUCCCAUGUGCUAACUGCAGGUAAGCAAGCUACUUUUGUAAGGUUUACUGCAGUGAGCAGUUCAGCUCUGAGGUAAUGCUUCUGUGUAAAGCACUGGUCUUCAACUGGUGGCUCAGAACCCACUAAUAGGUACUCCCACCAUGCAAAUCUGUGAUAAAAGACUAAGAAAUGAAUCUCCAAAUGCAUGUUUGGGUUAAAAGUAGGUUCUGGGUCGAAAAAUGUUGAAGAUAACUGGUGCAAAUUACAGCUGAGCAAAACAUGCUUCUUAGAAUCAUAGAAUCCAAGAGUUGGAAGGGACUCCAAAGUCAUCUAGUACAACCUCUUGCAAUGUAGGAACCUCUCCUAAAACAUCAAUGACACAUGACUGUCCAACCUCUGCUUAGAAACCUCCAAUAAAGAAAAGUCCACCACUUUCCGAAGGAAUCUGUUCCACUGUUGAACAACUCUUACCAUCCUGAAGUUCAUCAGUAUUCUGCAGAAUAGAGUGGGGCUAUUGCUUCUCUUCCUCAGAACAUUAUACAGUGGAAGCUCGGGUUGCGAACGUGAUCCAUGUGGGAGGCAAGUUCGAGACCUGCAGCACUCGCAACCCGCAACACUGCGUUUGCGCAUGCAUGGGUCACGAUUUGGCGCUUCUGCGUAUGCACGAGUGCCGAAACCCGGAAGUAACCCAUUCCGGUACUUCUGUGUUCGGUGCAGUGCGCAACCCGAAAACACGCAACCUGAAGUGUCUGUUACCCGAGGUAUGACUGUACUUCAGUUGAUGCAACCUAGAAUAGCAAUAGCUGUUUUUGCUACAGCAUGACAACGUUGACUCAUGUUCAGAUUGUGAUCCACUAAAACCCGUAGAUCCUUUUCAAAUGUACUAUUGGCAAGCUGGUUUUUCCUGCCUGAGUGCAGAAUCUUACACUUCUUACAUGGGUGCCAUAUCUUCCCACCCCCAAAAAAGAAUUCCACGGAGGAAUCACUGCCAGUAGUGGUCAGUUUAAGGUGAACUUUUGAUUAUUAUUUUUAUUCCCCAAAGGUCGAUUUGCGAUCAUUCCACCCGAAAACCCUAUAGUUGGUUUCCUUGGAAAAGAAGUUAUCCUGCCAUGUCAAUUAACAACUUCAAGCAUACCAGAAAGCACCAGCAUGCAGGUCCAGUGGAUCUUGGAUAAAUCCUCAGAAAAAAUUGAUGUGAAAUCCUACUAUGGUGGAAACAGGCCAGAAACACAGGAUAACAGAUACCAAGGUCGAGCUGAGCUUUCCCGUAUUGAUCUUAGUAAAGGAAACAUGUCUCUGAUUCUGAAGAAAACCCAUCUGUCUGACCAAGGAAAUUACACCUGUAUGGUCUUCCUUGGAGACUGGUAUGAGGAGGUGGUGGUUGAGUUGGUUUUGGCAGGUGAGUUUAUUCUUAUUCGUCUUAACUUCUGGGGCUGACCUGGAGUCUCUAGGUUUGCCUGCCCCACUCCAGGGUGCAGAAAGAGGACUUGAAUCUCCAGGUAGGCAAGAGCACCUUUGGGGGAAUACAAUGUUUUUAGAAGACUCUGCAUCAAGCUUACAGGCUUCAAGCCCACAGAAGCCAAUUGCUUUUUUUUUUUUUUUUUUGCACAUGUGGGGUGUGGGUGUGUGUCUGCCACUUAACCUCCUUCUCCAGGGCUCUGUGGUGGGAGGGAGAGCAGAGGAAGAAAAGGAAGUGGGCUGGGUUCUAGAGGAGGAUGGGGUUAAGAGUAUGCAUGGACACUUGGCACAAGAUGCAUGGCUGCAGAAGAGAGAGGAGCACAUGAAGAAAAGCAGCAGCAGCCAAGCCUUGCUGCCUCCACCACCUACACCUAACUCCUGGAUGUUCUUCUUGAGCAAGUCUGAGGAGGCAGGGACAUCGCCAUGUGCUGUGGGCCAUAUUAAGUACACAUUUUCAGAAAUACAAGUUGUCAAACUUAAAACUGUAGAACCCAGGUCAGUGACUCACUCAUUCAGACUUCUCCAUCUCUUCGCAGCCAUGAGCACUACUGACAGGACCAAUCGUCCUGUAGCUUGACAAUACAGUAGACACAAAAAUGGAAUUUUGAACAGUAGCUUGUCACAAAAUGUGUACUGUAAGAACUGACUGUAAUAAUGCAUCAUUCCUGGUAUUUGGUCAGAGUGCAGAAACUCUAGACAGGUUCUAUGAUACUUGGAGCAAUGGCAAAUUAAUAUGUGGUGUUCUUCUUGUGCAGCAAAAGGAACAGAGCCCACCAUUGCCUUGGUGGAUUGCCAUUGCUGGGGGAUUGGCCUCACCUGCAGCUCCAACAGUUGGUACCCAAAACCCAAGGCUUUCUGGCUGGACAGUGAAGGGAAAGUCCGAAGUAAACAGUCAGACACUACAAUCACAGAGACCAAGACAGGGAACUUCAGUGUUUCCAGUUCCAUUACAACAGAAUCAGGAAUUGACCAUGAAGUCUCUUGCAAAAUCAUCAAUGAACUGCUGGAGUUGGAGAGUGAAUCGAGAAUCCUGAUCUCUGGUGAGUAGGGGUGAAGCAAAAGGGCCAAGAGGUGAAAUGCUUUCACUGUGUUUUCAGUACAAGUACUAUAAGGAGAGAGAGGUUUGGGAAAUUUAUUCCAUUUUGAUGCCUCUGAAGUACACCAGGCUCUUUGAAUAGAUUAUUCAGAUUAUCUACAACUGUAGUUCUGCUCAGCAACAUUUCAUCAAUUAUAAUCUGGGGUAAUGGCUAAAGUGUCUUCUGGUUCCCAUAUCCACUAUUCACCAGAGAGGCAGGCAAGUCACAGCUGAAGCCACCCCGCCCAUUGGCACAACGUCCGCUCAGUUCUGCCAAUUCCUCCCAUAAUGGGAAGUUCAGGAGAGUUUGGGGCAGUGCAGGAGAGUGGCAAAAUCAGACUCUGGUUAGGUUAGUUUUGCUGUAACUGAGAUUUUAAUGUGUGUUUCAGAUGCCCUUUAUCCUGCCACUUCCCCUUGGCUAGCACCCUUCCUAAUCAUUCUGUUGAUUUUCAUCUGCCUUCUUGUUGGUGCUGGGUACAAAGUCAGACGUAAGUAUUAAAUCUGCCAUUUUCAUAAUCUCAUUAAACUGUAGAUGUGAACUGUUACAGAAACUUUCUGUUUUUUUGUACCUAUGUUUAUAAAAAUAAGUGGAUAUAGAGAAAAAAUACAUACCACUUAAAUCAAUACAUAUUUACUACAGCCAGUAAUUGCUCCUUAAACUGCUAAAAUGAGCAUAGUUCAAAAGGUGCUUCAGGCAAUCAGAGUCACUUCCCCAACAGAUAGUUGGCAAAUUCAAUGUUGUUUACUUUUUAAUGUGGAUCUACCAGAUGUUGGUGAAUUUUCAUGAAGAUAAAAGGCAGAAUCAUGGCAAACUAAAUUUAAGAUUAAAAAUGAAAAAUGGAGAGAAACCAAAAUUUGUAGAUCUAUCCAUUGCUAUUGGCAGGUCAUGGAAAUAAAGUAGAAUUUGCUUGUCGUUUUUAAGGGGCAUGACCAACAGACUAAGGCACAACAGCUGAAGGUGCUGUUGACGUGGUAAAGGCCAGACUCCAGGGACUUAUGCCAGGCUUCACUAAUCAAGAAUCUUCCUACCAUCUGGCAUUGACACACGCUGAUAUCCUCAGGUUCUAACUCAAGAGUCCUUGGCAAGAAUAAUCAGUGGUGUUCAUUUGUGAUUCUCCCCCCCCCCCAUCCUAAAUAUGGUUAUAAACUGUCUGAUUUCUAUAACUUGCUAUACUUUGUUUCAGAGAGUUAUCAGAAGAUAUCUGAAUGUGGUGAGUAAUUGACAAUGACAUAUUUUAUACAUAUCAUUUAUGUAAGGGACAGGGAGUUCACUACAAUGUUAUUGGGAAAGGUAUAAAGGAUCCUAAUCAAAUUCCUUGGCAUGUCUAUUUUUUCCCCUUGGAUGAAAGCAAAUUCCACCUCUACAUAGGAUCAAGACUUAUUAUUCAACUAUUGCUAAACAUAGAAUAUUCUGUUAUUUAGCAUUUCUGGGCUUUCAUUUGCCUUUCUAAAUGUUUAUUUGUUGAUUUAAAAUUGUAUUCAUAUGUUCUGUGAAUUAUAUUCACACUUUUGCUAUCUGAUCUUCUGAUGAAGGGCUAAUUGUCUCUAAGUGAUAGACAAUUAAAAUGUAGAUCAUACCCUCUAACAUUUCUCUGAUGAAAAGAGGGACGUCCCAUUCCAUAAUGAUUAUUUAUCUAUUUAUACCCCACUGGUUGCCCCAGCUACUCUGGGCAGCUUCCACCAUAUAUAAAAGCACAAUAAAACAUUAAACUUUUUUUUAAAAAAAACUUCCCUAUACUGUACAGGAUUGCCUUUGGAUAGCUUGGGAGUCAAACAACUCCAUACCCUCUAAUAUUUCUCCAAUGAAAAUAGGGACAUCCUAAGGAAAAGUGGGAUAUUCUUUCAGACUCAAAUCAGAAACCAGGAGGGCUAAAUUAGGGGACACCCCUGGAAAAUAGGGAAACUUGGAGGGUACAGAAAAUGAAGUCAUUCUCAGACAUAGUAUAUCUGCUGAGAUCAGCAGACUCAACUGAAAUAAGACCAUAGUUUACAGUGAGUCUACUUUGAUUAUGAUUUGUUAGAUACAACCAAGAAUUGGGGGAAAUACACAAUGGCUAUAAUUCAUUUCUGGUUGUUUUGGAGAUAAGCAUGCUUUCCGUUUCUGGAGAUGACACCUACCUUAAAUAUUGCCACUGGAACCACUGGUGACCUUGGUGGCUAGGAGUGCCUUUUAUCACCUUGGGCAGGUGCUACAACUAAAAUCAUUCCUGAACUGUGAUAGCUUGACCAAAAGAGUUCAGUCAUUGGAAAUGCCAAGACCCUAGUAAUUCAAUCUAUGCAGGACUUCUCUUGUGGUUGAUCUGGAAACUGCAGUGAGGGCAGAAUGCUGCAAUACUAGCUGCACUGGCUGCAACUUUGUUACUAAGCCAAGUUCAAGGUAUUACUAUUAGUAUGUAAAGCCAUUAACGAUUGGGAACCACUUUACAUGCCAAGUUGAAUGUUUCAGUCCGCAGAACUUACACUUUUGCAGGUGCCACAAACUUCUUUAUUUCAGCAAGUCUCCCCAGAUAUAUAUAUAUAUAUAUAUAUAUCUGUAUACUUUGUAAUCAAUCUUGUGGGUUUUAACUGAGUUUAGCUGUGUUUUACCAAUAGUUUCAGUGUGUACAUCACUUUAAAAGCUUUAUGAUUAUGGUCUACGAAUCUUUCUAAAUAGAUACAGAGGGGCAUAUUAUGUUCAGUAAAUAAAUGAAUAAUGUUGCAAUGCAUCUUGCUUUCUGCAGAAAAACAGAAGAAUGAAGUACAAGCUGGUAAAUGCCUCUAAGAGAGAUUCACUUCUUCUAUAGUACUGUUCCAUAAUUGUUUAUAUUUUUAGCAUAUGCCUCCCCCUAGCAGUAUUGUCUUCAGGGUGACUAACAGUAACACUUUUUAAAAAGCCCAGUGAAGAGGAGCAGGAAAAAAAUAGCAAAAUUUAAACCACAAUAAAUGAGUGAGCCCCAGAAUUUUUUAAUUAAAUAAAUAAAUGCUCUUAUUACCUGGAAAUCUUAAUGUGCUGGAAUAGCUAUAUGACUGUAUGACCAUACAGUAGCCCUGGUGACUGAAGCUAUUCAAAGCAGAGGUUGGGUUGAGCAAGGAAGUAAUAAUCCUGUCACAUCCUCAAGAUACCUUGCCAAGCUGAUGCAGUGGUGGAGGAACCCUCUCUGGCACCCGGGGUGGUGCAGCCUGUAUGGACUGUGCAUGUGUGGCAUCCCGUGCGUGCGCAGUCCGUGUGGGCUGCCACUUGCAUGGCAUCCAUACAGGCGGCCUCUUGCAUGGCGGCGACCAUACAGACUGUGCUUGUGUGGUGACCGAAUGGGAUGCCACACAUGUGCAGUCCGUAUGGGCUGCGCAUGUGCGACAUUCUGUACUGAGUGCACAUGCAUGGGAUGCCACACAUGCCCAGUCCGUACAGGCUGCUGCACAUGCAUAGUCCAUAUGGACUGCGCAUGCCCUUGGCUGCUCUACAGUUGGGGGGAGGCAGGGGCCAUCCUGUCACCCCUCCCAGAGUGGCACCCAGGGCAGCCCACCCCCUCCGCCCCUCUUCCUACUCCCCUGAGCUAAUGCUUUAUAUACCAUAACUUGUAUUAUUAAUAGUAGUUGUGUUGGCAAUAGUAGCUAACAGGCAGAGUAGUAGAAGGGACUCUCCCCACAAAAGAUACCCCUUUAGCUGUAUUGGUGCAAGUAAAGCCUUGAUUAAUCAUACUUACAUGUAUGUAUAGAGUGUGUAUGACUAACAUUUUGCUAUCUCUCUUUUCAGACCGAAAUCAUGUAAUGGAAGCAAUAGGUAAGAUGAGAUUGUUUCCCUUUUUCCAAGCUCCCUUUUUUAUAUUGGCAGGAUUUCUUCUAUCCUUGCAAGAUUUCAAAAGCCCAACUUUCUGCAGUACAGUGGUACCUUGAGUUAAGAACUUAAUUCGUUCUGGAGGUCCGUUCUUCACCUGAAACUGUUCUUAACCUGAGGUACCACUUAGCUAAUGGGGCCUCCCACUGCUGCUGCACCAUAGCCGUGCAAUUUCUGUUCUCAUCCUGAAGCAAAGUUCUUAACCCGAGGUACUAUUUCUGGGUUAGCGGAAGCGUCUGUAAACCGAGGUACCACUGUAUAGGUUCAUCGAUUCAUCUCCUGUCUAGGCAUUUUGUAUUGCUAUGAAGUUUUACUCCUGGAACCAUGUUCAAAUUGGCAACUGCAAGAGGCAUUUCAAAUUCCAUAAUGCUGACAACUUGGAGUUGGGCUGUUAAGGGUCUUCCAGAUAUAUCCAAAAAAGAGGAAAAGAUAAACUAGAUCUAUUAGCUAGAGAAGAGAAAGCCAAGGAGAAGGAGAUAUGUGAUCGUGUUUAUAUGUUGGGGGGCAUAAAAAGAGGAAGAAUAGUAUACCGUAUUUUUCGUUCUAUAGGACGCACCGGUCCAUAGGACGCACCUCGUUUUUGGGGGGGAAUGAAUAAAAAAAAUUAUCCCCCCGCGGCUGCCGCCCCAAGCCUCGCGUGCUUCGGGCGACAAGCUGCAGCCCCAAGACUUGGGCGCCGGGCGGGACCUCCCGCCGGGCGCGCAAGGCUCUGAGACACUCGCCCGAAGCACGGGAGCCCUCCGGAGGGCUCCCCGUGCUCGGGCGACAAGCUGCAGCCCCAAGCCUUGCGCGCCGGGCGGGACCUCCCGCCGGGCGCGCAAGGCUUGCAGACACUCGCCCGAAGCACGGGAGCCCUCCGGAGGGCUCCCGUGCUCGGGCGACAUGCUGCAGCCCCAGCCUUGCGCGCCGGGCGGGACCUCCCGCCGGGCGCGCAAGGCUUGCAGACACUCGCCCGAGCACGGGAGCCCUCCGGAGGGCUCCCGUGCUUCGGGCGACAAGCUGCAGCCCCAAGCCUUGCGCGCCGGGCGGGACCUCCCGCCGGGCGCGCAAGGCUUGCAGACACUCGCCGAGCACGGGAGCCCUCCGGAGGGCUCCCCGUGCUUCGGGCGACAGGCUGCAGCCCCAAGCCUUGCGCGCCGGGCGGGACCUCCCGCCGGGCGCGCAAGGCUUGCAGACACUCGCCCGAGCACGGGGAGCCCUCCGGAGGGCUCCCGUGCUUCGGGCGACAGGCUGCCGCCCCAAGCCUUGCGCGCCGGGCGGGACCUCCUGCCGGGCGCGCAAGGCUUGCAGACACUCGCCCGAAGCACGGGAGCCCUCCGGAGGGCUCCCCGUGCUUCGGGCGACAGGCUGCUGCCCCAAGCCUCGCGCGCUCGGCGGGACCUCCUGCCGGGCGCGCAAGGCUUGCGGACACUCGCCGGGGCUGCAGGCUGCUGCCUGCAAGCCUUGUGAGCCCGCGGGAACUCCCACCGGGCUUGCAAGGCUUGCGGAUAGCUUCCUGAAGCCUGGAGAGCGAGAGGGGUCGGUGCGCACCGAUGCCUCUCGCUCUCCAGGCUUCAGCGAAAGCCUGCAUUCGCUCCAUAGGACGCACACACAUUUCCCCUUCAUUUUUGGAGGGGAAAAAGUGCGUCCUAUGGAGCGAAAAAUACGGUAUGUAUUGCUCUGGUUUUAAUGUGUGCCUUAUAAUGUACAGUCAUACCUCGGGUUGAAUACGCUUCGAGUUGAGUGUGUUCAAGUUGUGCUCUGCGGCAACCCGGAAGUAAUGGAGCCCGUUACUUCUGGGUUUCGCUGCUUGAGCAUGUGCAGACGCUCAAAAUGACAUCACGCACAUGCGCAGAAGCGGCGAAAAGCGACGCAUGUGUGCGCAGACAUGCCGGCGCUGGUUACGUUUGUUUCUAGAUGCGACCGGGGUUCCAGAACGCAUCCCGUUCGUAUCUAGAGGUAACACUGUACCAGGAACUCAAGUGGUAAAACAUUGUGGGCAAGCCCUGCCACUGCCUAUGUAUGGUCACAAUGGAAGAAUUGACUGGCUCCAGUAAUUUUCAUGGCAGAUCUGCCUAAAGCCAUCUUCUGCCUCCUGCUUUUUUCAGAUCCACUGCUAGAGAGAAGUCUCUCAUGCAGAAGCUAAGUCAGUUAGAGCAGUUUCCACCCCAGCAGGAUUGCAGCCCAUCUCCCUCCCCACUGCCUCUCCCCUCUGCCCGUGGCUACAGCUCUCCUGAGCUUGGCUGAUGAGCUGGUCAUCACUUUCCUCUCUCUCCCAUGUGAGUCUCUGGGAAGACCCACAACAUGCCUUUUGGAGCACAGCCAAUGGAGCACAGCCAGAGCUUCCAGAGUGAAGAACACCUGCCAAAUUACAGGCAAACAGGCCCGAGAUUUUGUUUUAUUUUUGAUUAUGUUUUUUGCCUCUGUGCUCAGUGUAAAACUUCUACUUUGUUUAUUUCCGCUUUUGGUCUAUAGCUUUUGUUUUUGGCAGAAUUGGAUGAAAUUGUCAGGCAUAUUCCACCCCCACCCCAUUCAGGGAAGAUGAAUCCUUCCAAAAAUGAAAAAGAAUACUUGUUGCAGUGUUUCUGCAAGAGCAACCUUUCUGUUUGAAGUAGCUAAGAAGAAGCCACAUAAAUCUCCUUGUUGUUUUACAGUCAUAUAUGAAAACAGCAUAUAUGAGAAAAGUACUUCUGGGAAAGAUAUCUUCCAAAAUUAUGGACAAAUAGGUGCAGGGUUGUUUUGUGCUGGGCACAAACCAAAUUAAAAGGAAUUUGCUUCCCUGUCUGUGGAUUUGAGAGCAGUGAUUUUAUUAUGAGAAUAGCAAACAUCAUACAGGUAUCCAUAGGAAGGUAUAAUUGCAGGAGGAGGACAAAGGCUAUGAAAUUACGAUGAAUGGAGGAUGGGCUGCUUCAGGCUAGCAUUCUGCUCAAAUUGAAUUAAGUAUCCCAGGAACUGAAUGAAAAGCUGGAUACAUGUGUGCUAAGAUAUACUCUUUUUCAUUUAUUGUUGUAGAAACUGAGAAAUGCACAGGACAAGCAAGUGAGUAUCUUUUUAAAGAAUAACUAGCCACAAAGUGCCUGUAGUCUUUGAUAAACUGCAAGCUUCUUUCCUGCACUUAUGUGAGCCUUUCUUACCAGCUCCUUGAUACAGAACCAAAGGGCAGCAGACCUGGGUUGGCACUAAGAGAGCCCUUGGGGUUUUUUCCCCUUCCAGAUCUCCAGAUAGGCAUUUGGGAGGAAGGGUUGGAUAUACAUCUCAAAAUGACACUGUGACCUGAAAAUAGAGACAACGCAUUUAUAACCCAAGAAAAUCUUUAAUAAAAAUUAUUUAAAAAAUAGAAAAUGAAAUAAACAAAUCCAUGUUCCUAGUAGAAUAAAGAGCAUGGGGAACAGGCCCACCUGUUGACUGCUAAAUAAAUAAUAGCACAAUACAUUCUGAUGAACUCCUGUCGCAAUACCUUUACCAGAUGUUGUGCUAAGGGGUCCUUCAUUGUUCUUGGGGCAGUGAAAUGACUUAUUAUCAUAAGAAUUUAUAUGUGAUAAUAACAGUUUUCAUGAUAUACAUAGGAGGGACAUGGCUGCAGUGGGGAAGGAGGAGAUGAACAGCCAGCAGUGGUGAGCACCAGGGGGUGGAUGCCUGGCAGUGACAAGGGACAAGGGGUCCAGGUGUGUGUGUGUCACGGGGAGCAGCACUGUGGGCUUUGCAUCUAGCAUGCACUGAAAGCAACAUAGGACCUAUAUGGAUUUUCAUUUAUGUAGCUUGAUCUCACAUCUUAGUCAAUCUUAGUCAUUUGCUUCUUCUUGUUUAUUUUCUUAACUCUUCAUCGUAUUAAUUCAAGUCAUUCUUUUAUAGAUGUUUGGGGACUAGAACACCGUCUUGGUAAGACAAAACUUUAUGUAUAGAUUUGGAGGCAGGGAUUUGCGAUUGAAUUAACAGGGAAGGAGUAGGACGGUGACAUCCAUUUUGGUAGGAGAAAGUACUGUAUUUUACAAUUUGACUCAGAAUCCGCUCCCCAACAUUUAUUUCAUGUAUAGUUAGUACUAUGUGGAAUUCCAAAUAUAUACACUGGUACCUCCGGUUACGAACUUAAUUCGUUCCAGAGGUCCGUUCUUAAGCUGAAACCGUUCUUAUCCUCAGGCACGCUUUUGCUAAUGGGACCUCCCGCUGCAUGCACGUCUCUUACGCAUGAUUUCUGUUCACAUCCGGGGCAAAGUUUGCAACCAGGAGCAGCUACUUCCAGGUUAGCAGAGUUCGUAACCCAAAGUGUUUGUAACCAGAAGCAUUUGUAACCAGAGGUACCACUCUAAUAGUAUUAUGAGUUUAUUCUGCAACAUAUUUUUCAUAGGCUGGAUCCACAUAUUUUUCAUAGGCUGGAUCCAGAUUAACUUGGUCCACCUUUAAAUCAAUGGCACAAAUAGGUCACCACGACUAAUUUCUUACUUUAAUUUCAAUAGAACCUAAGUGUGACCAAGGUCACACCUGCACCACACAUUUAAAGAAAUAUUAUACCACUUUAUCAGUAAUGGCUUUCCCCAAAGUAUUUUGGAACUCUUAUUUGCUAAGGGUGCUGGGAGUUGUGAGGAAACCACUUUUCCCCUCACAGAGCUGCACUUUCCAGAGGAUUGAUGGUUAAAGCACUGUGGGAAUUGUAGCUCUAUAAGGUGUCUCCUAACAAUUCUCAGCAUCCUUAACAAACUGCAGUUCCCAGGAGGCUUUAGGGGGCAGGGCCUACACUCACCGCCACAGCUUAAGAGGCCCCAGGAGGCCUUCAGGACACUGCUGCUAUUGCUGCUCUCCCCUGCAAGCCAAUUCCAUCGGGUCCAAGGGGCGGGGCCUACACUCACAUAUACUUUGAGCAGCUCUCUGCAGCAAGUGGCGAAAAUGGUUUUAAAUGUUUUAAGUGAUCUUAAUCUGCUGCACCUUGUUUUAAAAAUAUAUUAUAUUAUUUCAUAUUUUCUUUCUGUUUCGGGUGGGACAAAUGUUUAGUCGGGGCGGGGAGUAGUUUAAUUUUAGCAUAAUUGUUUCUUGCUUUGUUUUUACUUUCAUUAUUUUGUAUAGUUUGUAUUUUGCUUUUUAAGGGGAAAGGGUCAGGGCUGCCUGGGAGUGGGCCUCAGUCAACAGAAGGGCUGGGGCAGGUUCCACAGGGGGGAUGUAUUGGGACACCCCAUCUCAGUGAUCAUGGGCAAGAGGAGGAGUUACGCUAAGACCAGACCAUAUCAUUACCGAGGAGGCAGGUUUAGUCCUUGUUUGAUGACUAUCCCUGCCUCCAGGUCUGGUCGUGACCAGAAGGAUACUGGAAUCAGCAAGGGAAACCCACAUGACCUGAAAGUGUUGCUGUGCAAUGCCUGGUCAAUUAUGAAUAAAACCACUGCCAUCCACAACCUGAUUGAGAAUGGAGGACUUGACCUGGCAUGUGUGACAGAGACUUGGUUGGAUGAAGCACAUGGGCCUGUCCUUGCCACUGCUUGUCCACCAGAUUUCUCUUACGCACAGCAACCCAGGUCAUGUGGGCGGGGAGGGAGGGUUUGCAGUGAUUUUUAGGAAGUCAUUAGUUUGCACCAGGCAUCCUAUUGGGAAGACCCAGUUUUCUGAGUGCAUGUUCUGGAAGUUGGGCAAUAGGGGCAGUACAGGAUUCCUUUUGGUAUACUGACCUCCCCGCUGCACCAAGGAUUUCCUGCCCGAGUUGCUUCAGGUCGUGGUUAAUGUGCUCCUGGAGACACCUAGUCUGGUUGUCCUGAGGGAUUUUAACAUCCAUGCCGACACACCCUUACAAGGGGCUGCUCGGGACUUUGUGGAAAGCAUGGCCUCCAUGGGGCUGUCCCUGAAUAAGUAUGGCCCAACUCAUAACCGCGGACAUGCCUUAAACUUGGUGCUUACCCCAUGGAUGUUGGUGAUCUGACACUAAGUACAAGCGAAACAAAAGAAGUGCCAUGGUCAGAUCACUUCCUGGUGCAACUGGACUUCUCCACAACCCUUCCUCUCUGCAGGGAGGUGGGACCAAUUCAGAUGGUCUAAAGCUCCUUGCAUGGAGCCCAGACAGCUCCAUGGUUUCCCCCAGAGCUGAUGGUGAUGAAACAAUCGUUUAGAUGGCUAGAGCACCAGUGGCGGAAAACUCAUUCUGAAUCAGACCGGACACGGGCUAGAGCUCAACGUCAAGCCUACCAAGUGGCAAUGGUGACGGCGAAGAGGACCUUCUUCACCGCCUCUACUGCAUCUGCAGAAAACAGCAGCAGGAGACUCUUUCAGCUGGUUCACAAUCUAUCGGAACCACCUUUGUCACCAGGGCCUGGUAGGGACCCCAAGAUCUCCUGCAAUGCUUUUCAAAGUUUUUUUGCAGAUAAAGUCGCUCAGAUUCGGAAGGAGGUAGACUCCACCAUGGGAGCAGGGCCGGGGCGGGAGAGUGCUAGAGUUCUGUAUAGUCAUGUUACAUGGGAUCAAUUCCAAUCUGUUACCUCCGAGGAUGUGGACAGGCUGCUUGGAUGAGUGAAACCAACCACCUGUCUCCUUUACCCUUGCCCAUCCUGGCUAAUAAAAGUGAGCCAAGAAGGGCUGAGCGAUGGGCUCUGCGGGGUGGUGAGGGAGCUUUCCCAGACCUGCUGAAAGAGGCGGUCAUUAAACCGCUUCUUAAAAAAACAUCUUUAGACCAGGUCAAUAUGGCCAACUAUCUCCCAGUCUCAAAUCUACCAUUCUUGGGCAAGGUGAUUGAGCAGGUGGUUGCUGAACAACUCCAAGCACGUCGGGAGGAUGCAAACCAUUUGGAUCCCUUCCAGUCGGGAUUCAGGCCUCACCAUGGGACUGAAACUGCCUUGGUCGUGCUGGUCGAUGAUCUCCGGCGGACUAGGGACAAAGGUGAGAGCUGUUUCCUAGUUCUGCUGGGUCUCUCAGCAGCUUUUGACACCAUUGGCCAUAACAUCCUUCUGGACCAUCUAGAGGGGCUGGGAGCUGUGGGCACUGCUAUACAGUGGUUCCGCUCCUUCCUCCUGGGCAGUGUCCAGAAAGUGGUGUUGGGGGAUGAGUGUUCAGAUCCCUGGGCUCUCACUUGUGGGGUGCCUCAGGGUUUCAUCCUUUCCCCCAUGCUUUUUAGUAUCUAUAUGAAGGCGCUGGGAGAGAUCAUCAGGGGGUUUGGGCUGGGUGUUCAUCAGUAUGCGGAUGAUACCCAGCUCUACCUCUCUUUUAAAUCAGCACCAGUGUAGGCAGUGAAUGUCCUGUGUGAGUGCCUAGAGGUGGUUGGAGGAUGGAUGGCGGCUAACAGAUUGAGGUUGAAUCCUGACAAGACAGAAGUACUGUUCUUGGGGGAUGGGGGGGCUGGUGUAGAGGACUCCCUGGUCCUGAAUGAGCUAACUGUGCCCCUGAAGGACCAGGUGCGCAGCCUGGGAGUCAUUUUGGACUCACAGCUGUCCAUGGAGGCACAGAUUAAUUCUGUGUCCAGGGCGGCUUUCUACCAGCUACCAGCAGGCUGAGACCCUACCUUCCCAUGGACCGUCUCGCCAGAGUGGUGCAUGCUCUAGUUAUCUCCCACUUGGGCUACCUUAAUGUGCUCUACGUGGGGCUACCUUUGAAGUUGGCCCAGAAACUGCAAUUAAUCCAGAAUGCGGCAGCUAGACUGGUGACUGGGAGUGGCCACCGGGACCACAUAAGACCAGUCCUGAGAGAUCUGCAUUGGCUCCCAGUACGUUUCCAAGCACAAUUCAAAGUGUUGGUGCUGACUUUUAAAGCCCUAAACAGCCUCGGUCCUAUAUACCUGAAGGAGCAUCUCCACCCCCAUCAUUCAGCCCGGACACUUAGAUCCAGCGCCGAGGGCCUUCUGGCGGUUCCCUCAUUGCGAGAAGUGAGGUUACAGGGAGCCAGACAGAGGGCCUUCUUGGUAGUGGUGCCCGCCCUGUGGAAUUCCCUCCCAUCAGAUGUCAAGGAAAUAAGCAGCUAUCCUAUUUUUAGAAGACAUCUGAAGGCAGUCCUGUUUAGGGAAUUUUUUGAUAUUUAAUGCUGGGGAAACUCAGCCAGAUGGGCGAAGUAUAAAUAAUUUAUUAUUAUUAUUAUUAUUAUUAUUAUUAUUAUUAUUAUUAUUUAGAGGUAGUGAUGGUAUAAUAAUGCUAUAAAUAUAAGUUGAAAAUGUGGACUAAGUUUGUCAUGAUGCAACCCCAUAUAUUUUGACAAUGAUAUCGCUAAUUGGAAUAUUCUUUCACUUCAGGUAAUCUCUGCAAUGAGCUGGGUAAGGCAAUGAUUUUUCUGUACUGAAGUAUAGUUUUCUAGUAUGUUAGUAUGUUAAUUGGAUUUAAAUCACUUUAUUCAAUUCUGAAAAAUUCUGGUCUGUUCACUUGUUUCAUAGAUGUUUGCCUGUUCUCUAUGACUGAUCAAUUUUCUCUUCUAUUUGUAGAGGUUAGAAGAGCUCAGGAAUACGCAGGUAAUGAAACUGUCCUAAUUAGGCUUAAUACAUGGAUGUGCAUACAUGACUCAAAUGUCAUCAUUCAGUGACUUUUCACUUGCUGUCCUUUUUCAUAUGAAAACAUCACAGUAGCAAUGGAUUGAUUCAAUUUGUGCUUUCAUAGUGUUACGAACAAUUAGGUUCAUUUGGAUCCAUUUAGUUGACUAACGUAGAUGAAACCUAGGAUACUCCAGGAAAGCACAAGUAAACACAACAGACAACCAAUAUUGGAUUUCUGCUUUAUCAAUGAUCAUGUAAUACAUAUAUCAAGACAGGGGAACAUGCACUCAGUCAUACACACAUUCUUGCCUCUCUCAUACUCACCACUCUUCACUGAAGUGUUUUUGUUUCAGUAAGAGCUAUGGGUGAACAGACAGCAGUGCGCUGAUGAUGUCUGGCACACAUUCCAGGCUGGAGAGUCUUGCCAUAUAUACACCUUGUUGUUCAUCUGAAUCUUGGCAUACACCUUGUUGUUCAUCUAAAUCUUGGCAUUUCACAACUCUUAUCUCGAAGUUGAUGUUGUGCAGCUCAUCUCCAUGCUUCCUUGGAUGUGCUGUUCCGUACUGUUCCUAUCACACACUGUUUUUGCCAAAACAUCAUGAAGUCUGCACAUUCCAUUACAGUAGCUCUUUUUACAGCACAGUUCACUGAUGGUUCAUCAAGGUAUCCGUUUUGUGGUGUUCUUCAGCCAUCUUCAGCCCAGACAAAUAGUAGCAUUUGUUACAAUAGUUUUAAUUAAUUCUGAAGCAAUUAGAAUUCAACAUCGGGGCGGCUAAAACUGUCCUAUCCUUGCUCUAGUUGUAUGAAAGUGCAGAGCUGACAUGCACACAGACCAGAGAGGAACUGAGCUAACAGAUUUCUUUAGGACUGUACUUUGCAUGUGGCUGUCUGUAUAGAGAAGUCAGCACUGGAGCUCUUUCUCAUGUGUAUUAUUAUUAAUUUAUCUCAAAAGAGCCCAGGGCAGAAAACAGAUCCACAAUGUAAAAUUAAAAACAAAACUAAAACAUUCUGAAACAGGGGAAAGGGUGAUGACGACACCUCUACAGUCAUGUCUUCUUAUUGUACUGAGUUCCUACGCAAGUGUGUUGGCAUUUCUAUAUAGACAAACAAAUGAAGUUUCUGUAUCCAAGUUGUACAGUAACUAUAACUGGUCAGCUAUGAAAUAAAAUGUGAUUUCUACAGCAGAUUGAAACAUCUACUGCUCUUGAACUAAAAAUUGUUUCCCUUCUCCCUGUGAUUGCUUCCCUAAUAGUUGCUGUCACUUUGGAUUCAUAUUAUAAACAUCCAGAAAUCAGCAUCAGUGAGGAUAAAGAAAGAGCCAGCCUUCAAACUCUCCCCCCAGAGAAAGAAGAAACUGCUCUGGGAACUCAGAUUUUUGUGGGGAAAGAAGGUUAUGUUGCUGGGAAACAUUACUGGGAGGUGGAGGUGGGAGAGAGGUUGGACUGGGAGCUGGGGGUACUGACUCAGGCUGAAAGGGACAAAUUGCAAGAGGAAAAGGUUGUUAAGUCCUUUCAGGAAGGUUGCUGGGCUCUCAAAAGCAGCCAAGGAAAAUUCUUUUCCAGUCCAUGUGAGAAAGAGAUUGAAAAGAAGCCACACCUGUCUUAUUCAGUGAUUGGUUUGUUACUGGAUCAAGAAAAAUAG